GGGGGGGGGGGGGACAUGCAGCUGCUGUGUCGUGCUUCGUUCCAGAGCCGUGCCAGCGUGCAGAGCGGGACGGUAGCGGAGCCGUUCUGCAGCCCCGCACCCAGCCGCCUUCCGGAGCUCGCUGCUCGGCGCUUUGCCGUGCGCGCAGCACCGCGGCCCCCUGAGGCGCUCCCGCCCCGCCCCGCGGCCGCCUCUCCCAUCCCCCGCCGUGACGUCACGGCCGUGCCGCGCGUGACGCAGGUGGGCGCGCCGGCAGUGCGUGUCGGCAAGAUGGCGGCGCCGAGCUGGGCGGAGACGGAGCGGCUGGAGUUCCUGAAGGAGCGGCAUGUGCGCUUCUUCCAGCGCUGCCUGCAGGUGCUGCCGGAGCGGUACUCGUCCCUGGAGACCAGCAGGUUGACAAUUGCAUUUUUCGCGCUCUCUGGUCUGGAUAUGUUGGAUUCCUUAGAUGUGGUGAACAAAGAUGAUAUAAUAGAAUGGAUUUAUUCCCUUCAGGUCCUUCCCACAGAAGACAGGUCAAACUUGAAUCGCUGUGGAUUCAGAGGCUCUUCAUAUUUAGGGAUGCCCUUCAAUCCCUCCAAGGGUUCAGAUGUAUCUCAUCCCUAUGAUAGCGGGCACAUAGCCAUGACUUACACAGGUCUGUCGUGUCUGGUUAUUCUUGGAGAUGAUUUAAGUCGAGUAAAUAAAGAUGCCUUACUGGCAGGACUGAGAGCUCUCCAGCUGGAAGAUGGAAGUUUCUGUGCAGUGCUAGAAGGAAGUGAGAAUGAUAUGAGGUUUGUGUACUGUGCUUCCUGCAUCUGCUACAUGCUUGAUAACUGGUCAGGCAUGGAUAUGAAAAAAGCUAUAGACUACAUCAGAAGAAGUAUGUCUUAUGAUAAUGGCCUGGCACAAGGAGCAGGACUGGAAUCUCAUGGUGGCUCUACCUUUUGUGGUAUUGCAUCGCUGUGCUUGAUGGGUAAACUGGAGGAAGUUUUUUCAGAAAAAGAACUAAGUAGAAUAGGAAGGUGGUGUGUAAUGAGACAACAAAAUGGCUACCAUGGACGACCCAACAAACCUGUAGACACUUGCUAUUCCUUUUGGGUGGGAGCGACAUUGAAGCUCCUGAACUUAUUCCAAUACACAAAUUUUGAGAAAAACAGAAACUACAUCCUGUCAACUCAAGAUCGCCUUGUUGGUGGAUUUGCCAAGUGGCCAGAUAGCCAUCCAGAUGCUUUGCAUGCCUACUUUGGGAUCUGUGGCUUGUCGUUAAUUGGAGAAGCUGGUAUUUGUAAGGUUCAUCCUGCCCUGAAUGUAAGCACAAGAACCUCAGAGCGCCUUCACCACCUUCACCAGAUCUGGAACAAGGACUCUAAGCAGUGCUCAGAUGACGUGCACAUCUCUACACAACUGAUUUAGACUCAAAUUUAGUUCUGGUAGCAUAAUUGUAGCCCAAGGUUAAAAGCCAUGUAUAACCAAUGUGCUCUUUUAAGUGCUGGAGUCAUGCAAUCAGAUCUGUGUUGCUGGCAUCACUUUGAUAGGGGAUUGCCUUCAGCGGGUUAUUCUGCGUAGUGGAAAAAAAGGAAAUAUUUUGAUUACAUAGGAGUUUGUCACCGCAGACUGUAAGUGGCUCUUCAAAUGGCUUUAUGUCUAAGAAAUUCCUUGAGGCAAUUAAAAUUCAUUUUUAUUUUAUUUUUUAAAACUUGUGCAUACUGUGUCAAAAUAUAUAAUAGGAAAGUAUUUUCAAAAUCUGUUUACAUAUCAUACAGUAUAGCACAAAACCUUGGGGAUCUUUAUGAUUUUAAUGUCUUACAUAUUUUUGGGUAGAGAAUCUCCCAUAUUAAAUCUCAGUUAAAAGUUACCUUUUACUGUCUACUUUCAGAUUCCAUAAACUUUGUUAAAAAAAGAUCAAAUAAAUACAAAUAAAAUUAUUUUAUUCAAUAUUCUGGA